AUGGCUUCGGCUGGUCCGAUCUCUCGCUGGUUGUCUCGGUCAUUGGAGGCAUCUGCGCCGACUUAUUUCCCCUUAUUGCCGGAUAUCGAACGGCGUCAAGCUGGCGGUAUCACCGCAAUCACGCCUGUGGCAGCACCUACCCAGCAAUCGUUUACGUACGACGAGCCAAUACCAACUACAUACCAUGCGUCAUCCACAACUCAUAACACAACCACCAGCCAGAGGCCAACUACGCAGCAGCCAACUCCACAGCAACCAACCACGACUCAUAGUACAACUACUAGUCAGAAGCCAACUAUGCAGCAACCAACUACAACUCAAGAGCCAACUACAACUCAAGAGCCAACUACAACUCAAGAGCCAACUACAACUCAAGAGCCAACUACAACCCAUAAGCCAGUCAUCACCUCUCAUGUGUCCACUACGACUCGGCGAUUCAUAUCCUCAUCCACAAACCCGGGAAUGCUGCUUUCAUCAACAAUAACUAGCGUAUUACCUGCGUAUAUUCCAGGCUCAACAUCCUCUCCCGAUUCUUUGGUGGUGCCGAGUUCAGCCCAAUCUUCAUCGGCUACGCUUCUAGGUGGAACAACCAGCAUCAAAGCUACCACAGCCACAUCGCCAAUAUCGACCUCUACGACGAUACACCCAACAAUAUCACCGGUGCCCACAGUGCCCACAAGUCGUAGCCCAACGGUCGGAGUCAUUCUACCUCUAGGAGGAGCAAGCAGCAGCAAUUAUUCCACGUUCACACCGGUGGUAUCAACCUCCGAUUCCAUCCAACCAGCAAAGGCUACGCAGGCAUCCAUACAGCUUCUUACCUCAGAAUCCAAGCCAGUGGUGACCGUAACCGAGCCUGUGAUCGUAUAUGUGACUCAAGGAGCGCCAGCUCCCUUCUCGACAAGUGUCAUCCAUCACGCACCCAGUGUCAAUAGUUCAUCGGUAUCAUUGGCAAAUUCAACGUCUGUUGAACCAACAACUACAUCUUUGACGUUUGUGACCAUCCAUUCCACUGCAACAUCGGUUGUUCGUGUCACUGUUUACCCAACAUCAUCACCAUCAUCUGCUUCUUCGCUUUCGGUCUCAACCGGGAGCACUUCGAGUGUGAAUGCAACGCCAGUUGUUCCUAUGACCGUUGACUCGACAACACUUUCGCUUCCUUCAUCGUCUUCGUUGUUGUCGUCCUCCUCGAGUGAGAUUGCUUCUGUGGUAACAGCUCACGUCACUUCCACGAGUGUUGUUCCUCUGACUGUUCACCCAACUACGUCGUUGCCUGUAUCUUCGUUGUUGCCGUCCUCAAGUGAGAUUGCUUCUAUAGUGACAAUCCGUGUCACUUCCACAAGUGUUGUUCCAGUGACCGUUUACUCGACAACAUCGCCAUCUGCUCCAUUGUUGCCGUCUUUAGGUGAGACUGCUCCGCGUGAGACUGCCCCUGUUGUGACAGCUCAUGUCACUUCCACAAAAACAAUUCGCGUGACCUUGUAUGGUACUGCUACCCGAGCAGCGAAAACUACACAUACAGCAGAUCCCACAUCUACUGUGGAUGCCAAUAUCGCUACCACAACCUCUAAGGCAGGCCAAGGCAUACUUACUGUGAAUCCGGUUACGCCGUCUGGCUUUAUCACGAUCACUGAGACUGAGACGGAGACAAAGACUAAGACAGUGACAGAUCGCAUUACUGAGACUGUUACUGCCACCGUCACUCGGAAUUAA